UCAUUAAAUGAUAAAUUCAUCGGUCAAAAUGAGUAAAUUGUGAUCAGCUUUUCUAAUCAUUUUGAAAGAUUGUUUGCUUGUAAGCUGAAAGGUUUAAAUCAGUGAAGGCCUUACACAGAUUACUCCGUGUCAUUAUGGUUUAUGUUUUCCCGUUACUGUAUUCAUCUAGAUGGCAAAUCAAAGGAUUGAUCGGAUCUAUUCAAUAAUUUACAAUUGGUUUAAUUGGUGAUGGAACAAUAAACGGUGUCAAGGAAAAGAAUGUCUCGAAUGAAACAAGAUUUCGAGCUUCUUGUCAACAUUACCUCAUAUAUACGGUUACUGUUGAUCUUUGGUGUCCUCCUGGUUAACCUGGUUAGUCUCAUUAAAUUGAUAUUUGGACCUAGAUCAGAUUGGCUCUCGGAUUUUUGUGUUCAUCGGGUAGUCACUGGUCUUAUUAUCGUCUCUAACAUUACUUAUUUAACAACCUGGUUUCCAUACUUGAUCUGGUCCACUUUCAAUGGUACUUGGCCAUUCCUGUCUUCUCGUGAACACUGCAUCAUCCAAAACUCAAUCAUCAACCAUGUAACAACACUAAUGCUAACCAUCCUGUCAAUUCUCAAAUUAUAUGAUGUUUUCCCUGUUCAAAGGGCUCGUCUCUUGGGCCUGGCUCUGGUUGCUGGUUGGGUUGUACCGCAAGGAUUGUAUAUAACGCUAAUUGAUUUGAUCAGUCCAGAGAAAUCGUCUCAUCAAUAUGCUGAUCGACUUCUUUAUACACCUAAUCAUUUGGCUGUUAAUGGUGCCUCUCACUCCAAUCAUAUUGGUUUCAUGCUUUGCAUAACACGAUUAGCAUCACCGGUUGUAGCUCAACUUUCUUGGCAUUACCUGGUAAUUGUCAUUCCAUUAACAACAAUCGUAUUUAUAUCAUCUGUUGCUGAAGCGCUCAAAGAAAAUCAAUCUAAGUCUGAUCCAUCGAAUUGUUAUUGUUUACGUGAUUUUCCAGUUCUUUUGAGCUUAUAUUUUAAUCUUAUGUGGCUGAUUAUUUUACGUCCAUUGAUUAUUUUACAAACUCUUGUUUUGGCCAAAGAAGGAAACAACUUUUUACCCGAAUCACCCGAUUACCUUGACUUUGGUACCCACCUGGUUCUCAUUUUUUCAUCUUUACUGGUUCCAUUUUCUAGCUAUGGAGGAUUUAGAUCAAAAAUUAAUCAGUCAACCUGUCAAAUUGAGAUUGAUCAUGUUGAUGGAAUAUCCUGUGAUUUAGAUUCCAUUGGAUCUCAGUGUAGCUCAUCAAUUUGUCAGUAAGACAAUGAACCAAUCAAUUCUGUUGAGCAAUUCUAAUAAUACAUGUAUUAUUAGUUGUCAUGUCAUCCUUCUAUUGAAAAUCCUGAUAAUUCAUUUAUAAUACUCUUGUUUUAUUUUCCUACACUCUGUGAUAAUUGUUAACAAAAUGUUUUGAUAUUUUAAUCACUGUUCACCAACCAAGGAAAAUUGAAUUAUAAUUUACAAGCAACUUAAAUUUAUAUUACGGUUUCUACCUUGGUUACAAUUCACAAGUCUAUUUUGAGGGAUAGUUCCUCCUCAAUCAGCCCUUUGUAUUAUCUUGAUUCAAGUAGUGAAUACAGUGUAUUUUACAGUGUACAAUUUGGAUUGAGAUCUUAAUUAAAGUAGUCAUGAAUUGGUGA